AUGGCACUUUUCACGGUGCCAGCCAGUCGGCGCAUUUGCAGGGGCUUUCAACACGGCGCACGCGAACUGUACCCGAAGGGUACCCUUCGAAGGGUACCCUGCGCAUACUGUACUGUAGCUACAGUACGUACAGUAGGUGGUCAGGUCUAUAGACCACGAAGAUGUACUACUUUCCACCGCGUUCCGGUCUCCAUGAAUCUCCUAAAUGUCGUGUCUUCCCCCGAAUAUCGCCUUUCUCCCUCCGUAGACUUCCGCCCAGCAUUUCUACUGCUCGCUGCUGACCGGGCCCAAGCCCCAUAUCUCCAGCCUUAA